UGUUUCCAAACCGACAAGAAAAGUUUUGGAGGAUGCUACCCCUUUGAACCAUCCAUCUCGGUUGUUGGCUGACCGAGAAUUUCAGUUCGAGACAUCUGAUUUCCGAAAGCCACCCACUGUGAACACAAAUGAAAGGUAUAUUACAGUUAACUUGACAU